CUUUCCAACUUUGUCAUUUGUGUGAUUUUUUAGCAUCCUGAAGAAGAACCGCAUAUUGGUUCGAAAUAUAGAUGAAUAGACUAUAGACUGUUGAUCUUUUCUAAAUUGCCUAGAUACCCAACCACACCUCCUUACUUUAUUCGGCAAAUAAUUUAUCUCACUGAAUUAUACAGAAAUGGGUUUCUUUGAUGACGUAGGUUUAGCGUAUGGUAGAACUGCGUCUGAACAGAUGAGACUAUGGGCUCAUUUGAACACCAAAUUGGCGAAGUUGGCUUGUAGAAGGAACUUCUUGCUCCAUUGCAGAACGACCGGUAUUUUACCCAGACAUAUCGUCCAGAACAUCAAAUGUUUGACCAACCUCUUAUCAGAUGAUGCCGAAAACAACAGAAAGGUGCCGAUUACCUAUCAAUAUGUUGAUGACCUUCUCCUUGCUAUUCCCGAAGACAGGACUGCUACGACUUUGGCAGUUUUCAAUAACUACGACCCACACAUUAAGUUUACUGCAGAAGAAGAAACUGAAAAUGGUGUCCCAUUCCUUGACACCAAAGCUAUCAGGUGUGCAGGUAACAUUGUAAAAUUGGAUUGGUACCAAAAACCGACCUCUUCAGGUCGUUAUAUACAUUAUAGUUCCAACCAUUCUUGGGCUAUGAAAACUAACUUAAUUAAAGGUAUGUUUCGUAGAAUUAAGAAAAUCUGCCAUCCAGACUUUCUUCAUAACAGUGAAGAAAAGUUGCUUAAGAUCUUUGAGAACAAUGGUUACCCUAGGAUGUUUUUGAACAGAUGUCUGCAUUCUCUAACUUCUGACCAAGUCGACGAGGUCCCACAAAUAAGAACAUCGACAUUAGUCGAACCUGCCACACAUGACAAAUAUGUAAGCCUGCCCCUCAUUCCACCAUUAACAGCCAAACUAAAGAUAGGAUCCACACCAUGUCUAGAUCUGACGUGGUUUAUCGCAUUCCAUGUGAGAACUGUGAGUCUGUGUAUGUUGGACAGACAUCACAAUGUUUAAAAAGACGUAUCUCAAUACAUAAGAGUGACGCCAGAUUACGACCUGAUAGAUGUGCAUUAGCUAGCCAUUCGUCCUCUCUAGACCACCAUUUUAAGUUUGAUGAAGUUGAAAUAUUAUGUACCAAUUCUAACUAUAAUAAAAGAAGUUUCCUUGAAAUGUGUUUUAUAAAUGAAAAUGAAAAUAAUAUAAAUAAGAAGACUGACUUGAAGAA